CUUUGGGAAGUACCGGUCAACCUCCCGCACGUACGGACACGGCGUCCGGCACGUGCGCCCGCCUUUGGAAUUUCAUUCAUCAUUCCGACAACGUGGAGUUCGAUUGGGUCCAUUCUAGGGUUCGUCUUUUGUCCGAUUUGUUUCUCCUCCUUGCGAUCCGCGUCCCUCGAUUGUGGAUUCCUCGUUUGCCGUUGAAAUUCGUCGCCGGAGGAGCUGAAUCGAUGGUGCAGUUGAUGACAUCGAGCGAUUCGGGGAUCGUGGAUCGUGGGGCGGCGGGGUGCAAGGAGAAGCCGCCGGUUAAGCUCGAGAUCUCGGAGGAUUUCACUGAGGAGGAGCACGGCCCUCUCAGUAAGCGAUCGAAGACGUCUUCCAGCUUGGAUCAGCAAUCGGGUGCGGGUGCCAAUGCAUUUCCUCUGCCGGCUUCCGAGUACAAUCCGCUCGAUGAACCCAGCCCUUUGGGUCUGCGAUUGAGGAAAAGUCCAUCACUGCUGGAUUUGAUUCAAAUGAGGCUUUCUCAAGCAAAUUCUGCUGAUUCAGAAGUUGCACAGCCUGACGAUGAUACCAGUGCUGGGACUAAGAAGAGCUCUGCUCCUUUGAGCAUGAAUGCAGACAAGAUGAAAGCUUCAAAUUUCCCCGCUUCACUUUUGAGGAUUGGGAAGUGGGAGUAUAAAUCAAGAUAUGAAGGUGACUUGGUGGCCAAGUGUUACUUUGCAAAGCAUAAGCUUGUAUGGGAAGUCCUUGAAGGUGGUUUAAAGAGUAAAAUAGAAAUUCAGUGGUCAGACAUUAUGGCUCUGAAGGCAAAUUGCCCUGAGAAUGGACUGAGUACCUUGAAUGUUGUGCUUGCUAGGCAGCCCCUUUUCUUCCGUGAAACCAAUCCGCAACCUAGGAAGCAUACCUUGUGGCAGGCUACUGCUGAUUUCACUGAUGGACAAGCUAGUUUACAUAGGCAACAUUUUCUGCAGUGUCCACAAGGGCUUUUGAGCAAACACUUUGAGAAGCUAAUCCAGUGUGACAUGCGACUCAACUUCUUAAGUCAUCAACCUGAUAUAAUUUUGGAUUCACCUUUCUUUGAGGCACGACCUGGGUUCAAUGAUCCUGAAGAUUCGAAAAGCCAUAGUUUUGGUAAGGAGAAUGAUAAGGCCUCCAUGUCACCUAGCUUCUUUAUAUCGCCUGUUGCUGAGUCAUCAUCCCUUAAGAUUGAGCAGCAGCAAUCUCUUUCUACCCCAUCAGUGAAUAAGGCACCAGAAGCACCCUCACCCAGUUCAGUGAUAGACAGUUGCGCCAUAGAAGGAAAUGGAAGUAGUGAGUCAGCAGGCUCAAGGAGACUGCAAAAUUGGGAUCAAAUAAAAGUGCCAGGGCUUCAUCCCUCAAUCUCCAUGAGCGACCUUGUGAACCACCUAGGACAGUGUCUUAAUGAACAGAUAGCGUCCGAUCCCUCCUCCACAGGUGCCUCGGAGUGCCAAGAAAUACUGCAAGAUAUUGCACAGUACCUUCUCAGCGACACGCAAUCCGCUGCAGCUUCAGACGAGAAGUCCCUCAUGGCCAGGGUCAAUUCUCUGUGUUGCCUAUUGCAGAAGGACUCAGCUGUUCAGGAUCUCCCUGAAAAUGGGGUUGAUUUUAGCAUUGAUAUUGAGGCUAGGACUGAUGUCGGGGGUUCUGAAGUGGAUGUAAACAAUCGGUCAGGAUGCAAUAAGCAGCCAAUGGGCAUGUCGAGGAAGGAUUCUCUUGGCGAUCUCCUGCUUCAUCUUCCUAGAAUCGCAUCCCUACCAAAAUUCCUCUUUGACAUUUCCGAAGAUGACAGUGAGAAUCACUCCAGAUAGUAGUGUUUUAAGUUAAGAAUAGUGUUUGUAAAUGUAAAUCCUCCCUGUCAGUUGUGAAUGAUAAGGUGCGACUUCUCCUCAUAGACAGAUAUAUGAUCUCCAUGUAAUCGUUUCUCAGCUGUAGCGUUGGGGUUCAGAAAACGGCAUUGAGGAAGGGUACCGACAAUUGUUCCCUCCCCUGUAAGAAAAUUCGUGCUAUAACUUGAUGUUGCUUGUAUCGGGCGAUGUUCAUCCA